AUGAAGACCUCCACCAUUUUCCUCAUUGCCAGCUCCGCCGCAAUUCACGGCGCCUACGCCGGAUGCUACGGCGGUCUGAGCUGGGGCGCCGAGCGCAGCUACGCAAACCAGGCCGUCGACGACUUCUGCGACCCUUCCAAGCACACAAGCUUCACCCAGGAGGGCUUUUACGCCGGGCAGACCAAGGCUUACUGCUAUACCCUGUCUGCCGCGAAAAAGGCCGACUUUUCGGUCGUCUGGGGUGGCCAGGGGGACCACGACCUGGCUCAAAGCGACUGCGUUUUACGAUUCAAGAAUGAGAUCAAUGGCUGUGGCAGCGGCGGAAGUACUACGACAAGCGACUGGACAUUCACGGCCGAUCCCAAUGACGGUGCCUGCGACGCUCCGUCGGAGAAGAGGCAGGUUCGGUUCGCUGCGCCCAGUUUGUCGACCUCGUUAACGAAGAGCAAUGUCAUCUCUGGCAGCAGUUCCGGCAUCGAUAUGAACCGGCGGCGAUCGGUAUCAGCCGGACCGGACGGCGACGACCCUUACAAGUGGCAGAAUAACUGGGCCUUGAGUAAGAAGCUUCGGAACAAGGCCAUCAAGUCUGUCAAGGCGCAGUGGAUUGAACAGGGGCUUCUACCGGCGGAUCGAUUCCUUGGGCGCCAUCGUAGCAAAUGGCCAAAGAUCUGUGGAGAGGAUAUCUCCUACGAGGCCUCCCAGCCGAUCAACCAGUUCUAUCAUCAAGUCGAACGAGAGGUCGACAGGUUGCGGCCGCUUCGUCUGGGUACGCAGGACACGAACCAGAAGGCAUACGAAGCCGUCAAGAGCAGGUGGGAGAUGAGAGGCAUCUGGAUCAAGUCAUGGGGCGAAGUUCCCGGAAGGAUGUGGUGGCACGAAUACUCCAAACAAGAUCGUCGAGGCAACCCGGGCCUGACCCCAGACGAUCCUCCAGAAUUUCUACACAUUAUGUUGCAGCUAGGGCCCGGUUACGAGCCCCCGGAUCGUCUAGACGAGAACACAACCUUCCGACCAGCCCACUACCUCGACCCCUCGUACGAGGAGGACCUGAUCCGCAUGCGCGGCAUCAGUAAGAAGAAUAUAUUGGCCGAGCACGAGCUUAUCCAGGAGAGGAAGGUUGGUGGCACCAAACGCAAGCUGCCCAGGGAGUACGACGAAGAAGAACCAGAUCCGUCUGCGUUGACGUUGACACCUGGGACGUUCAAACAACGUCUCGAAGAUAUGGCCGAGUCGUCAUCCACGAGGCCCAUCAAGAAGAUGAAGCGACGCGGCGGACGGGAGCAAGACUGA